AGGCAGGGACACGCACGGGAUGGAGCAACACGUGACAUGUGAUGCGAUGGCAGGGCCUCGAGCGGGGUUAAGGGUGAGAGCAGUGCCAGGCCAGGACACUGGUCUAGGGGGCAUCUGUUCGGGCAUGGGGCUGGGACCCAGGAGAUCGGGGCACUGCUCCCAGCUGCCUCCCUGCAGCCCCAGCACAGGUCCUUCGCUCUGCCCCGGGGGAGCAGGCUGCAGCCUCCGCGUCCUUGCAGUGACGAGCGGGUCUGUGCCUCGUGCUAGGAGAGCUCCCCUCCUGCUCCGGUCCCAUCCCGAGCCAUCAGGCAGCUCCAUACCGAGGCAGGUGCUUGCACUGGGGACCUGGCAGGGGACACAGCACCAGGCCCCCUGUGCAAGCACCUGCCAUGCCCGGCUCAGCUGUACUGGUGCACCCACUCCCGGCUCCUCGCAGUCGCAGGAUGCCCUGCCCAGGGUCUCCAGCAUGGUGCACGCAUGCCCUUCAAACACAGGAGCCAUGGCAGGUCUCUGAGGCGGGCAGAGGUGUGAACUGCCCGGAUCCCCUGUACCAGAAGGGGAGCAGGGAUCCACGGUGGUGCCAAGAAGGGGGUCUUGGCUGGUCCCCCAAACCCCGCGGGCCCCGGCGCCUCCCUGAGCCCGGUCCCUUUCUCUCCCCACCCGCCAGGGCCGAGACAAUCGUGGGCAGACCAUGCGGUGCCCCGGCCUGCCCCUCUGCGGGCUGCUCUGGCUGGGGCUGCCCCUCCUCUACGGCCGCCCGGUGAAGAUCGACAAGGUCAAGGCGGACGCCAAGAACCUCACGCGGACGCUCAUCGCCCGGAUCCAGGAGCUGCAGCUGCUGCCCGUCAACCUGAAGGUCUCGGGCCUCGACUUCCUGCCGGGCGAGCGGCCGCUGGAGAGCUUGGAGGCCAUGGACGCCACGCUGCAGGUCUUCCAGCGCGUGCUGGCCGGGCUGCCCCUGGACGCCGUGCCCGGGGCGCAGCUGGCCAACGACAUGGAGAACCUGCGCAGCCUCCUGCGCCUGCUGGGCGCCCACCUGGGCUGCGCACCCCCCGCCGCCCCCGCCCUGGGCAACCUCACGGACCUGCUGGCCGAGGCCCCCUACUCCGCGGCCGCCGUGGCGCUGGACCGUCUCCACAAGAGCCUGCACGGCAUCACCAAGCACCUGGACCAGCUGCGGUGCUGCUAGCGGGGCCCGCACCGCGCGACCCGGCGCCCCCGUCUCCACCCGAGCCCUGCUCCUUAGCAGACAACGGCCUACGCGUCCCCGGCGCCGCGGGCUGCUCUGUGCCGCUUGACCAGCGGACUGUCGAGGAGGCGUCGGCAGCUGGCCCUGCCCCCAGUAUUUAUUUAUUCCCUAUGUCUUUGUACGGCCAGGUGCUGCCCCCCAUGACCCGCGGGGUGACGGGCAGCUCCCGGACCCUGGGCUCCCCCGUGGGGCCGAGGCAGGGGCCAGGGGGAGCUCCGUGACACCCCCGUUUUGUAUUUAUCCCCACUCCCCUGGCUUGAGAGAGAGAAAGCAGCUCUUGGGGGACACUCCAGGCUCCAACGCGCCCGGGGCGGAGGGGGCGGGGUGGCCGUGGGGUGCAGGACCCCAGGGCAGGCUGUGGCCCCAGGGCUGGCUGGUCUGGUCCUGGCACAAUGCUGGUCUGAGAGCCCCCCCCUCCCCCCCAUGCCUUCCUGCGGGGGGGCAGUCCAGACCCCAUCACUCACGCCCCGCACGGCACAGGCCAGUCCUCUGCCCCUACGUCCCUCUUCACUCCCCGGCUCCAGAUCGAACGCCCCCAAUGAUCUGGGCGCCUCACCCACCAGCAUUGCAGCCCCCCAGGCCCCAGCACCCCUGGACCCCUCCCCGCGGAGCUACCUCCACCUUCUCCUGCUUGCUCCGACUCUCGUAGCCCCCAUAGCAUCGCUGCUGCUCUUUCACCAGGCCGCACACAAACCAGGCGGGUGGCACCUCAUCAUGCAGCCCUCGCCCACCUCUGGCACUGGGCCCCGUCUCCCAGAAGAGGUGGGAGGGAGGCUUUCUGGGAUAGCAUGGGGUCCGCGGGGGUUUCUGCCAUGCCCAUGAAUGCCUCCGUCUCCUGGCCCAGAGCAGUGGUUCUCCGCCUGUUCAGGCUCCAGGCACUCCUCGUUAGACCCGAGGCUGCUUCGUUAGACUACAGAUCCCAUUUGGAAACUUCAAGUUCAUAGCGUUUGAUCUUUUAUGGGUGUUUUUGCAUAUUGAAAAAUCCUCCCGUUCGGUUUGCAAACAACUCGGUGAGCCCCAGGCAGGGCAGGAUGGUCUUUACCCUCUGGGAUGCUAGAGGAAAUCACAGCAUCAGACGACGAGGGUGGGAAGGGAGCUCACAUCCAGUCCAACCCCCUGCUCCAAGCAGCACCAGCCCCAACUGCAUCAUCCCAGCCAAGGCUUGGUCUACCCGGGUCUUCAGCACCUCCAAGGAUGGAGAUGCCACCACCUAAGUAACUCGUUCCAGGGCUUCUGUUGGGGGUCCCCAGCCCCUCUUUAGCUUCAGGCCUCUUCUCCCCAACCUCCGUGCCACAGCUGCUGGGCUUUCCUACCCACGGGUGCUGCUGCAGCCCAGGCUGGGGCUGGGCCGUGCCAAUGCUCCUGCUGGCACCAACCCCACAAGGUCCUGGCUGGAGGGUCUUGCCCCUGCGCCCACGCUGCACCGGGGCAGGGAUUACCCCCUGCUCAGACUGGUCGCACUGGGGGUUUCCCCUUCCUCUGCAGCAGGGGUAUGGCCUUGUCCUGGGCUCUCUGCAGUGCCCAUGACCCCCCCGGCAGCAGCAGGACAUUGGUGUCCGCGGCCCCCCUGUAUCCCGGGGGUGAUACCUGGGGUUGUGUUGGGGCGACUGUCGUGCAGCUCCAAGGUCAGACAUGGGGUUUGGACGGGGCUGCUCCUGCCUCAGGCAGGGCUGGGACGGGAUGUGACCCCGCCGCUCCUCUGCCAGCCCCAUAGGACUCUGGGUUCUCUAUGGACUAGACGGCCUGGGGUCGGACUGGAUGUGACCUCUAGGAUUUCUGGUUCAGUGAUUCCCUACCAUUCCCCACGGCCUGGUCUGAUACGGCCCCCGCUUAGAUCAGCCUGACCCUCUCCCAUGUGUGGGCAUCCGAAGCCUUGGUGUCCCUUGUGAGCCAGGAUGUGACCGUCCCAGCCUCCCGAGUGCCCACACUAUCGCUGCCCGAAUCAGCGCCCCCGCCACGCAGCUACCUCGGGGGUCCCCAGGUCAGGGCGAAACCCCAACCAUCCAACUCAGCCUCCCGCGUGGGGUGAUCAGAGCCCCCCGGCCCCCAGCAAUGGGGGUCCAUGUCUGCCCCUCGCCUGGAUGCAGCUACUUAUGUCCGCGGCUCCUGCCCUCCGGUCCCCGCCAUCUCCCCUGGCCCGGUGCAGGGCAGGUCCUUGCACGGCUGGUCCAUGCCUCAUGCCCACAGCACGGAGGGCACCAAUUCCUGCCCCGUUGCCCGGUCUCUCAGCCCCGGUCUGUUCCCGUUGCUGGACCCCGCCGGCGAGGGACCCCAGGCAACACAAGCAGCUCUUCCCGGAGCACCCGUGGAGCCCCUGUUGCCUGCCCGAGCCUGGGGCCAGGGUGGGUACAAGGGCAUCUCCAUGUCCACGUCCACCCGACGAGGCCACGGCUGGGACCGGGAGUUCAGACUUCUCCAUGCCCCCUGGCAGCCCAGCUGCAAUGUGGCCCAUGGGCACCACCACCACAUUUUCUAUACCCCUUUUGUACCCCCCUGAAUGAAUAAAGUGCCUUGUCACCCCCCGUCGUGGCUCGGGCUCUGUGGGGCACCAGACAAAGUGGCCGGGGAGAGAGCCUGAGCCCCCACUUCAAUGCCACGCUGGUGUUUGUUAUAAACUGGGAGCCAAAGUCCCCUUGGGGGGUCAGGGGACACUGGGGAGCUCCGUUGAAAACAGGCCCUGAUAUAACAAGGUGCUCGGGUCCGGGGAAGAGAGUCGAGGAGGGCCGGGGGGCACCGAGUCAGGGAGCUUUAUGGGCUAGAUCUUUUAUUGGACCCCCCCCUAGGUUGUCUGGGACAGAGACUGCAAACUGCUGGGUCCAGGCAACUUCUCUGAGCCAGUGCCUUGGACCCACAAAAGGGUCUAGCUGUUGCAGAUCUCAGCUGUGAGCUUUGCAUCCCGCUGCUACCAGGCACCGAGUCGCAGGGUAGCCGGGCUGGCACCGGGGGUUUGCGCUGAGUUCAGCCCCUGCCCGAGGCAGGAUCGGCCCUGUCUGACACACGGGGGUGUCUGAGCUGCUCUAGCACCCUGCACGGAGCACCCCGAGCUGGAAACAUGGAGUCCCAGAGCCGUGGGGCCGGCAGGGAGCUGUGGGGUCGCACCCCACCAGAUCAGCCCCAUCCAAACCAGCCCAGACAAACCCCAUGCACGACCUCAGAGCCAUACGACACAGUCACCCCUGACACAGCCCCCGCCCUGGGAUACAGGGGGGCCGCGGCCACCAACAUCCUGCUGCUGUCAGGGGUGUCAUGGGCACUGCAGAGACCCAGGCCCAGGCUGUGCCCCCACUGCAGAGGAAGGGGAAACCCCCCAGUGCAACCAGUCUGAGCAAGGGGGAGAUCCCUUCCUGCCCCAGUGCAGUGUGUGGCUGAGCGUGGGGGCAAGACCCUCCAGGGUUGGUGCAGCAGGAGCAUUGGCACAGCCCAGCCCCAUUCCCAGCAGCACCCAGCACCCCUGGGGAAGGCUUCAAACCCCCUGAAACCUGUAGUAACACAAGUGGAAAAAUAUUCCUUCCCAUCUGUAUGGGAGGGCACAGAUGGAGCAACAUGCCCUGCAAGGCAACAGCCUCCAAGCCCCCCAAACCAGCACUAUUCAUGAGCAGCAUCACUGAGGCACAAGCGUGACAGGGUCUCCACCCCACUGUGCACAGGACAUGCCCAGGGCAGGCACCAGCCCCCCACGGGUCCCAGACUCCAGCCCACCUGCCAGCUCCUACCCCUGGACCAAAGUCUGGACACCACCAGAGCGGGGCCCAUCCUUGUCUCUGUGAUCCCUGCUCAUCUCUCCACUCCACAGGCGUUAACGCCCCUCUCUUUUUUUUCAGGGGCUUGAUUUUCCAUCCUUUCUUCUGCCUGUGAGCUGCUCCUGGCCCUGUGGCUCCUGUUUCACAGCCCUGCUAUUUUUAACUCUAGCUAAAAAAAACACAAGUGAAAAUCAGGUGAAAAUCUCUCAGCAAAGCAUCACCUGCCCUGUCCAGAAGCUCAGGAAGGCUCAAUUAUUGUUUCCAAGAGAGGCCCCUUGAACCCUAAUGACUGCAGAGUCAAAAAAAAAAUAAAAAAAUCAAAAAAAAUCAAAACCUGGUGUUUCUUUGGAAACACCAGGUUUUGAUUAUUUUUUGCCUCCUUCAUUGUGGUUUAAUUGUCUUGUACGCAAGACGUAGUCUAGCAAAUGACAACACAUUCCAAUAGUGAGAUCUGGGGCUGCUUUGAUCUUUGACUGAGUCACGUCGCUGGUACCUUAGCACAGCUUGUCGUGUCUUUUUCACAGGAGAAACACUAGGUGUGAUGGAGGGAAACAGGCACCUUGACCUGGGGACCUGGCACCCCCGUUUUCGGCAUCUUAGAUCUGCCCUUGGACGCAAGGGGUAACCCCCGGAUUUGCUGUAAUAGAGCAGAGCCAAGCAGCUCCAACAUGUCAGACCACAGCAUCUCCUUGCAUCAGUUGCUGGGUGACUGAGCCCACCCCGGGUUGCAGAGGCAAUACCCCCAGGCCUCACCCCACUGCCCCAACCCCAUUGCAGCUCCUUGGGGGGCAAGGGGGAAGACCCUGACUAUGCACAUGGCUUACAGCCCUGGCUCACUGUGAAGUCCAGGGGUGUCUAAGCAUAGCCUGGAGGGUGGCAGGAAAUGUGUGUGCAGGUGUGGGUGUGCAUGGGUGCAGGGUUGGGGGGUAUAUGGGCAUGUAUGUGUAUGGCAGUGUGCAUAUAUGGAGGAGAGAAACUGUGGGGGCAUGUGUGCACACGCAUGUAUACAGGUUUGUGUAUGUGUGUGGGGGGGCUGAGUGUGGCAGGGUGCCCAUACAGGUGUACAUGUACAUGUGUAGGUAUAAGGGUGACAUGGUGUGUGUAGGUGGGGUGAACAGGUGUGAGUAUAGGUUGCAUAGGUAUAGAUGAGCUUGUAUAGGUACAGGUAUGUAUAGGUGUGUAUAGGUGGGCUGCACGUCUAUGGUUGGGUGGGGGGGUGUUCAUGAGUGUGAAGGGUGUACGUGCAUAGGUGGGGGUGGCUGUGGGGACUUGUGUAUGUGUAUAUACAUGUGCGUGGGGGGAGGGGUGUAUGCACACGUGUGGGUGUGAGUACACGUUUACGUUGGAGCGUAUGUAUAAGUGGUGAAGGGGGGCAUAUCUGGCUGAAGGAUGCGUGGUGGCGGGUUGCAUGUGCAUUAGUACAUACACGUGUGCUGGGGCUGGGCAGUUACCCCCCCUCACCCCACCCCACGGUUCUGCCUCCAGUGGGCACUUGCUAUGGUGCCAGCUGUGCCCCCCACUUCAGAGGCAGACGGAUGCAGCUGGGGAUGUGCCCCCAGGAACUUGCCCAACUUGCUGCUGGGCCUCUGCUGACCGCCCCCCCACCACAGCUGACUCAACUGCAGCCAGCAGGGAUUUGGGCUCUGGGGCCUGGUGUCCUCAAGCGACCCAGCAGCCGGGAGCAGCUGAGGCCAGCUCUACUCUAAGAAUUACGGUAGCCCUCGAGGGCCCUGGAUUUCUGCAGAAGCAUCAACAGGAUGUCCCGUCCCCCACUCCAGGCCCAGCACCGCUGUGAGGGGAGGGGAGGGCGGGUGGCUACCAUCCCUCUGCAUCCCCCACCCUGGACAUGAGAGCUUGACUCCCUGCCACAGCCCCAGUCCUGAGAUGCAUGAGGUGGGGGGGCAGAGGCAGGGAGCAGCUGGGCGGGCAGAAGUUGGGGGGUCAUAUUGAGUCCACCCCCUGCUCUACGGCCUGCCUGGGCUGCCAGGAGCAGGAUGACAAGGGUAGGGGGCCUGCAGCCAUGGGCAUGGGAGGGGGGGCAUUAAGGCAGGAACCUGCCUGGGGUGGGGGCAUUAGGGCAGUCUGUCCCAGUGUGUGGCCCUAGAUGCAGCUGUGGAAGACCCAUGUGGCCCCUGCCCCCUUUCACAGCAGCUGGGACUGGGGCCGGCAGCUGGAGCCCAUUGCACAAGAGCUUGGCUCGCGCCAGGCUGGAGACAAGACGGUUACUGUCAUUCCCUGGGCCCCCGUCCACACCUGCAGGGCCCAGGGGCAUGGGGCAGGGAGCCGCCGGUGCUGCGUGCACGGUGGCACAAGCUCAGCCACGUGGCACGUCACUCACGGCCGUGGCCAGAGCUCAGGGGGCGGGCGGGCGCUGGAGUCACCUCAUGCAAUCACCCCACAUGGCAGACACUGGUGCCAGCCUGCUCCUAAAGGCCUGGGCUUUGAGCAGAGCCCUUUGCUGGAGGGGUGCCGUGGAGAUGCCCAAGGUGGAGGGGGCACAGGUUGGCGCAGGGUGAGACCCGGGGACCCGGCUGGCUUGGAGCAGGGGGCAGAGACCAGCCAGGGCAGGGGAGCAAGAAGCCAAGACCCACCCCACAAGAGCCUCUGAGCUUCACCCCGGCAUGCAAAGGUUGGGACCCCAUAGGCCAGAGCCCUGCGAUCAGCUCUUCACCGCACCAAGCUCCGAGCCCCAUCUACAACCAGCCCGGGAGCACAGAGGGAAGCAGGAGACCGGGGUCAAGCCCCGACUUGCAGCAGACUGGCACUGGGCCCAUUGGCACAAGGCAGCAGGCAUGCGCCCAGGAGCAAUGAAGGUGUGAUGCUGCGGCCCUGGCUGAGCCGUGCCAAGGCAAACACGGCCAUGGUGGGGGGGAAGGAGCCUGUGGGUAGGAGCGGGGAGCCGGGCUGUAACCCCCAAGCUGCCACAGAGCACCCCCCGGGGGCCCGUCUGCAGUGCUGGGGGGCUCCGGCACCCAUGGCACAGCUGGGAGGAGGAAGGCUGGAGGUGCCAGCACCACCUGAAGGGAUGUGGCCCCCAGCCUAGGGCAGGGGGAGGGGGGCUGCAGGGGUCCAGGUCCCACAUGAGGGCUCCUGGAGGGCAGGUGGGUGGGAGAGGGACCUGGCAUGGGGCAGUACCAGGGGAAGACGGGUCCAGCUGUGUCCCCUCACACACCUAGUGCCGGGGAGGAGAGAAGGGCAGGGGCAGGCACAGGACGAGGAGCUUGGGGUGGGGGGGUAGCUCAGCAUUACAGAGACAGCCCACGGCAGCCGGGGUCCCCCCAGCUUGAGGCACACCCCCGUGCUUCAGUUUCCCCGGCAGUGCCCAAUGGGGGACCCAGACCCCUCUAUUCAAAUGCACAUGGAGGGGACUCUGAGCACCCCCACGCCUCCAGCCCAAUGGGGGGGGUGGAGGUAGAACAGCCCCCCGCCAGCACACGGGCUACACACGGGGCCACGCUGCCUGCAGGCCACAGCCACUGGUGGCAGGGUCAGGAGAAAGCUCGCUGCUCCACCAAUCAGAAUUGGGCCCCCGUGGCGCACAGUCCACCUGCCCAAUCAGAGACCGGGGGGGGGGCAAGGUCCGUGGGCUGUGGCAUGAGCACCCCCUGCUGGAUGUGCCUGGGGAAGCAGCCCUGAUGCCAGUGAGGCAGGGCAGGGGCUAGGGGAGUGCUGCAGGGGCCCUCCUGCAGAGCCCCCAGGGUCCCUUCUCCCCCCGCCCCCAACCCGGGUCAGGGGGGUCAAUGCU